AUGUCUACACCAACUUUAAGUGCAGCUGAUAAAGAGAAGAUUACCAAGCUUCAAUCUGCUGUUUCUGGUCUCAAUCAAAUCAGUGAAAAUGAGAAGGUUGGAUUCGUCAACCUCGUUACUCGCUAUCUCAGCGGUGAAGCUCAACAUGUUGAAUGGAGUAAGAUCCAGACACCAACUGAUGAGGUGGUCGUACCCUAUGAUACCUUAACACCUGUACCUGAAGAUCCUGCAGAGACUAAAAAACUGUUAGACAAACUUGUGGUGUUAAAGCUUAACGGAGGCUUAGGGACAACAAUGGGAUGCACUGGCCCAAAGUCUGUCAUCGAAGUUCGUAAUGGUUUGACAUUUCUGGACUUAAUUGUGAUCCAAAUUGAGACUCUCAACAAGAAGUAUGGAUGCAGUGUUCCCCUGCUUUUAAUGAACUCUUUCAAUACUCAUGAUGAUACAUUGAAGAUUGUAGAAAAAUAUGCCAAAUCAGACAUUGAGAUCCAUACAUUUAACCAGAGUCAGUACCCUCGUUUAGCUGUUGACAAUUUCACUCCACUUCCAUGCAUAAAAGACGCUGGCAAGGAUGGAUGGUAUCCCCCUGGUCACGGCGAUGUGUUCCCAUCUUUGGUGAAUAGUGGGAAGCUUGAAGCAUUAUUAUCGCAGGGCAAAGAAUAUGUCUUUGUUGCAAAUUCCGAUAACUUGGGCGCUGUUGUUGACUUGAACAUUUUAAAUCACUUGAUCAACAAGAAGAAUGAAUACUGCAUGGAGCUGCUUGAAAUAGCACAAGUUCCUGAUGAACAUGUUAAUGAAUUUAAGUCGAUAGAGAAGUUCAAAAUUUUCAACACAAACAACUUGUGGGUGAACCUGAAUGCAAUCAAAAGACUUGUGCAAGCAGAUGCACUGAAGAUGGAGAUCAUUCCCAACCCAAAGGAAGUGGAUGGAAUCAAAGUUCUUCAACUUGAAACCGCUGCUGGUGCAGCAAUAAAGUUCUUCGAUCGUGCUAUUGGCAUCAAUGUUCCCCGUUCUCGAUUCCUUCCGGUGAAAGCGACUUCAGAUCUGCUUCUAGUCCAAAUCGUAGAAAAAUAUGCCAAAUCAGACAUUGAGAUCCAUACAUUUAACCAGAGUCAGUACCCUCGUUUAGCUGUUGACAAUUUCACUCCACUUCCAUGCAUAAAAGACGCUGGCAAGGAUGGAUGGUAUCCCCCUGGUCACGGCGAUGUGUUCCCAUCUUUGGUGAAUAGUGGGAAGCUUGAAGCUUUAUUAUCGCAGGGCAAAGAAUAUGUCUUUGUUGCGAAUUCCGAUAACUUGGGCGCUGUUGUUGAUUUGAACAUUUUAAAUCACUUGAUCAACAACAAGAAUGAAUACUGCAUGGAGCUGCUUGAAAUAGCACAAGUUCCUGAUGAACAUGUUAAUGAAUUUAAGUCGAUAGAGAAGUUCAAAAUUUUCAACACAAACAACUUGUGGGUGAACCUGAAUGCAAUCAAAAGACUUGUACAAGCAGAUGCACUGAAGAUGGAGAUCAUUCCCAACCCAAAGGAAGUGGAUGGAAUCAGAGUUCUUCAACUUGAAACCGCUGCUGGUGCAGCAAUAAAGUUCUUCGAUCGUGCUAUUGGCAUCAAUGUUCCCCGUUCUCGAUUCCUUCCAGUGAAAGCGACUUCAGAUCUGCUUCUAGUCCAAUCGGAUCUUUACACCUUAUCUGAUGGCUUUGUGACCCGGAACCCAGCAAGGACCAAUCCAGCCAAUCCUUCUAUUGAAUUGGGUCCUGAAUUUAAGAAGGUUGCCAACUUCUUAAGUCGAUUUAAGACUAUCCCAAGUAUCAUUGAGCUGGAUAGCUUGAAGGUGACUGGUGAUGUAUGGUUUGGAUCUGGCAUUACUUUGAAGGGUAAAGUGAUCAUUGCUGCGAAACCUGGUGUGAAGUUAGAAAUCCCCAAUGGAGCUGUAAUUGCUAACAAGGAGAUCAAUGGCCCACAGGACAUAUAA